UGGCCCAGCGCGCCCCGCCCCGCAGCAGAGAGGCCGAGGAGUGUUACUCGCGGUCAUCCUGGGCCUUUUAUCUCUGCGCUGCCGGGGAGGCGGGAGGUGGAGACACCGAGAGUGGGCCGAGCGCCGGCGACACCUUUCCAGGCUUCUAUAAAUGGAGCACCUGGGAUGGGUAGGGGGCUCACGCCACUAGCGACGCCUUCAGUCCCUGUCCGGCCACAGAGCGCAGCAGUGCCCACAGUCAGCCGCCGCCAGCUCCGGGAGCCGUGAGCAGCCGGGGAUCUCGAGGAGUCAAGCGAGGCCAGGACUCGCCCCGCGGACCACGCGCCCCCAUCCUCGCCAGCUUCCGGACGCCGGGCAUCCCGCAGGUGCCAGGCGGCGAUCGAGCCGAGAGUGGCAGCAGGCGGCGGCGGAGUCGGGGAUCCCGCAGCAGCAGCUGUAGCCAGGCCCGGGGCGCGGGCCUCCCAGAGCGCGUGAAGGCGGCCACUCCUCGCCCCGUGGGCCAACCCGCCUCCCUGUCUGCCUGUGUCUCGACGCCCGUACGGCCACCAUGAUGCAAAUCUGCGACACCUACAACCAGAAGCACUCUCUCUUCAACGCCAUGAACCGCUUCAUCGGCGCAGUGAACAAUAUGGACCAGACGGUGAUGGUGCCCAGCCUGCUGCGCGACGUGCCCCUGGCCGAGCCCGGGCUGGACAACGACGUGGGCGUGGAGGUGGGCAGCAGUGGCGGCUGCCUGGAGGAGCGCUCGUCCUCGGCCCCCGGCCCUGGCAGUGCCAACGGCAGCUUCUUCUCUCCCAGCCGGGACAUGUACAGCCACUACAUGCUACUCAAGUCCAUCCGCAACGACAUCGAGUGGGGAGUCCUGCACCAGCCACCACCACCGGCCGGGAGCGAGGAAGGCAGCGCCUGGAAGUCCAAGGACAUCCUCGUGGACCUGAGCCACCUGGAGGGCGCGGACGCCGGCGAGGAGGACCUGGAACAGCAAUUCCACUACCACCUGCACGGGCUGCACACCGUGCUCUCCAAACUCACACGCAAAGCCAACAUCCUCACCAACAGAUACAAGCAGGAGAUCGGCUUCAGCAACUGGGGCCACUGAAGCAGGACGCCUGCGGCUGUCCAGCACCCUUCCGGCCCCAUCUUCUCACCCUCUUUUCCCCUCAAAGCUAUUCCCUUUCUGGCUGUUGGGCGUGAUGGGCAGACUGUAAAGUUGUCGGGGGUGGGAGUGGGGGGGCUGCGUACGUGCAGGGGGGCGCAGCGGGACUGCAUGGAGGGGACACUGGGGAGAAGAGAGUGCUAGUGGGAGAGACAGGGCUCUAGGACCUUCCAGCCGGGAGGGAGAGGCCUACAUUCUGUGUUGAAAGGAACGGGACUGAGCUGACGCCCUGCAUUCAGCCUGUGCCUUUCCUGGAGUUUCUUUUCUACUCCUUCCGGAGGAAAAGGGCCGAGAAGGGGCCCUGCCAGGGCGCGGCGCCGGGUUGCCACACUUGGGAGCGCCGCCCAGAGCUGGGUGCUGGUUGAAGGCGGGGCACACAGCCUUGCCGUUGGGCUGGUGGAGGCCGCAGCCUAGUUAGGAUUGCAUCAGUUUUCCUGUUUGCACUAUUUCUUUCUGUAACUGUGGCCCUCUUUUAAGUAUUUCGAAUCUCCUUCUGAAACUUCAGUGAUUCCAUUGUGAUAAGCGCACAAACAGCACUGUGUGGGUAACUGGUACUACUUUAUUAAUGAUUUUCUGUUACACUGUAUAGUUGUCCUGUGGCACCCUUCUGUCCCUUUCAACACCACCCCACCCCCAUCCUGUGUGUGUAAUCUGGCACUGUGCCAUUUUGUACGAAGCUUGCCACUCAGCCAGUGAAAAUAAUAGCAUUAUUAUGAGAAAGUGGACUUAUCCGAAAUGGAACCAACUGACAUUCUAUCCUUGUCGUACAUAGAAUGAUGAAGGGUUCCACUGUUGUUAUUAUGUCUUAACCUUAUUUAAAACUUUUUUAAUCCAGAUGUAGACUAUAUUCUAAAAAAUAAAAAAAAGUUAAAUGUGUUAACGCCACAAAAAAACUUUGCUCCUCUUUAAUCCCCCAACUAAUGCAUUAGUCGUUGAAUAAAAAGCACAUUUAAUUGAG